UUUGAUGCAUCUUUUUUUCUAUUUCCUUCACUCGCUGACUUCCAGGAUCAGCUAAAAUCUUCCUUAGACUCUCUCAGAAAAAAGAAAUCAGACUUCCAGGAAAAGGAGCAGCAACAGAAAGAGAAGAUUUCCGGAAUUCUGGAACAGUCACAGAGCCUUCAGUCCCACAUCACAUCUCAGUUUGCUGAACUGCGCCAGAUUAUCACUGAGAAAGAGCAAAGCUUACUCAGGGAUCUCAGGGAAGAAGAGAAGAGGAUUCUUAAUCCAAUGGAGAAAAAUCUUCGAGAGAUUCAAGCGAAUAUAAGGAUUAUUCAGGAGGAAAUCACUAAGUUAAAGGAACAGAUGGAUCUAAAAGACAGUGUGAUGUUUCUCAAGGAGGAAGCUCGUCGGAACAGAAGGAUUAAUGACGAUGUCCAGGAAUUGUCAGUGACAGAUGAGGCCCUACCGGUUGAAAAAUUCGAUCACCCCUAUUUGUUGAACACAGUGCUGAGACAAAUACGUGAUGCCAUUAAUCGAGUCUCUGUCACCCUGGAUGUGGAAACGGCGCAUCCGUGUCUCGAGGUGUCUGAGGAUCGGAAGAGUAUGAGAUGUACCGAGACCUGGAGGAAUCUCCCUGACACCGGGAAGAGAUUCACAUUCUGGGAAUGCGUGCUGGGAUCGGAGGGAUUCACAUCGGGGAGACAUUACUGGGAGGUGAACGUGACGGGGAAUCGGUUCUGGGGUCUGGGAGUCGCCGCAGAGUCUGUGGAGAGGAAGGGAGGGUUCAGUCCGGAGACCGGAUUAUGGGUCAUCGGGCGGUAUUAUGACGUGUUAUAUCGGGGUUGCGACGUGUUCGGUGAUCUCAACUGUCCCGAGUCCCGUCUCCCUGCCGGUCCCAUCCCCGGGAGGGUGGGAUUUUAUCUCAGUUACGAGUCCGGGACAGUUUCAUUUUUCAACGCGGAGACCAAGUCCCAUCUCCACACCUUCACUGGGAAUAAAUUCACGGAGAAACUUUAUCCUCUCUUCGCGACCUGGGAUAUGAACCAGUGGCUGAGAAUCUGCUCCGGUUCCGCUCCGGAUGUGUAAAUGGGUCCCGGGACCGGCGUCAGGAGUAAAGUCCCUGUAAAUAUAAAUGAGCGAAGAGUGCAGCUAAAUACGUGGCUAAGGAGAUGGUGCAGGAGGGAGGGUAUCAAGUUUCUGGACAAUUGGACUUUGUUCCCGAGAAGGUGGGACCGAUGGGUCGGGUUGCCCCUGAACUGGUAGGGGCUAACAUCCUUGCGGGUAGCUUUACUAGUGCUGUUCCGGGGUGGGAAGGGAAGUGAGGAAGGGGGCUGGGAGAGUUUAAACUAGAUUUGCACGGGGAGGGGAAUCAGAGUGUUAGAGCAGAUUGUGAGGUAGAGGUGGAUAAAGGUCAUGCGAGGACUGCAUGUAUAGACCGAAAACAAAGGUUUAUACGUGGUAGAAACGUGCAUCAAUUUCAAUGCACGGACUAUUGUAUGAUGAGUUUAGGGCGUGGAUUGACACGUGGAAUUACCACAUUAUUGCUAUUAGUGAGACUUGGUUGCAUGAGGGGCAGGACUGGCAGCUUAAUGUUCCGGGGUUCCGUUGUUUCAGACGUGAUUGACGGGGAGGGAUGAAAGAGGAGGAGAGGCAUUACUGGUCAGGAAAAAUAUCACAGCUGUGUUUAGACAGGACAGCCCGGAGGGCUUGUCUACAGAUGUCAUAUGGGUGGAGCUGAGGAACGGGAGAUGUGUGACCACACUAAUAGGGGUGUAUUACAGACCGCCCAAUAGUCAGAGAGAUUUGGAGGAGCAAAUCUGUAGAGAGAUAAUAGACCGAUGUAAGAAACAGAAAGCGGGACAAGUAGGGGAUUUUAACUUUCCACAUAUUGACUGGGACUCCCAAACUGUAAAGGGGCUAGAUGGCUUGGAGUUUGUCAAAUGUUUUCAGGAAAGUUUUCUAAAUCAAUAUAUAGAGGUACCUACGAGAGAGGAUGCAAUACUUGAUCUCCUAUUAGGAAACCAGACAGUCAGGUGACAGAAGAAUGUGUGGGAGAACAUUUUGGGUCCAGUGACCAUAAUGUCAUUAGUUUGAAGUUAAUUAUGGAUAAGGAUAGGCCUGGUCCUCAAGCUGAGGUUCUAUAUUGGAGAAGGGCCAAUUUUGUGGAAAUGAAAAAGGAUUCAGGAAGAGUUGAUUGGGAUAAGUUUUUUUUCUGGCAAGGAUGUGUUCAGUAAGUGGAAGGCCUUCAAAGGAGAAAUUUUGAGAGUGCAGAGUUUACAUGUUCCUGCCAGGAUUAAAGACGAAUUUAACAGGCAUAGGGAACCUUGGUUUUCAAGGGAUAUUGGCAAUCUAGUUCAGAAAAAAAGAAGAGGUGUAUAGCAGGUAUAGGCAACAAAGAACAAAUUAGGCACUUGAAGAGUAUAGGAAACGUAAGAAAACACUAAAGAAGGAAAUCAAGAAGGCAAAAAGAAGACAUGAGGUAGCUUUGACAGAUAAUGUGAAGGUCAACCCGAAGGGUUUCUACAAGUAUACUAAGAGUAAAAGGAUAGUAAGGGACAAAAUUGGUCCGCUAGAAGAUCGGAGUGGCCGUCUAUGUGUGGAGCCUCACGAGAUGGGGGAGAUCUUAAACAGUUUACUCAGGAAACUGGAAUAGUGUAUAUGGAAGGAAGGGAAAUAAGCAGUAGUGUCAUGGAACUUUUAGAGAUUAAACAGGAGAAGGUGCUUGCUGCCUUCCAGCGAAUAAAGGUAGAUAAAUCCCUUGGGCCUUGAUAUUUCCUCGGACCUUGAGAGAGACGAGUGUAGAAAUUGCAAUUGCCCUGGCGGAAAUAUUUAAAAUGUCCUCAGCCACGGGUGCAGUGCCAGAGGAUUGGAGGGUAACUCAUGUUAUUCCGUUGUUUAAAAAAGGCUCCAAUAGUAAACCAGGUAAUUACAAGCCGGUGAGCCUGGCAUUAGUGGUAGGUAAAUUAUUGGAAGGUGUUCUGAGAGAUGGGAUAUACAAGUAUUUGGACAGCCAAGGGCUGAUUAAGGAUAGACAGUGUUUAACGAAUCUUGUAGAGUUUUUCGAGGAGGUGACCAAGAAAGUAGAUGAAUGAAAGGCUAUGGAUGUUGUUCACAUGAAUUUUAGUUAGGCCUUUGACAAGGUCCCACAUGGGAGGUUAUUUCAGAAGUUUAUACACUAGGUAUCUAUGGAGAGGUUGUAAACGGGAUUCGAAAUUGGCUGUGUGGGAGAAGACAGAGAGUGGUAGUGGAAGAUUGCUUCUCAGACUGGAGGCCUGGGACUCGUGUUGUUCCUCAGGGAUCUGUGCUGGGACCAUUGCUAUUUGUUGUCUGUAUCAAUGAUAUAGAUGUGGUCAGUUGGAUCAGCAAUUUUGCUGAUGGCACCAAGAUUGGAGGCGUUGUGGACAGCGAGGAAGGCUUUCAAAGCUUGCAGAGGGAUCUGAACCAACUGGAAAAACGGGCCAGAAAAUGGCAGAUGGAAUUUAAUACAGAAAAGCGUGAUGUGUUGCAGUUUGGAAGAUCAAACCAAAGUAGGACAUACACAGUAAAUGGUAGGGCACUGGGGAGUGCGGAGGAACAAAGGGAUCUGGGAGUACUGGUACAUAAUUCCAUGAAAGUAGACAGGGUUGUAAAGAAGGCUUUUGCCAUUCUGGCAUUCAUAAAUCAAAAUAAUGACUAUAGGAGUUGGGAUGUUAUGGUGAGGUUGAAGAAGGCAUUGGUGAGGUCAAAUUUGGAGUCUUAUUUAUGGUUCUGGUCACCUAACUAUAGGAAUGAUAGCAGUAAGAUUGAAAGAGUGCAGAGAAGAUUUACUAGGAUGGUGCCAGGUCUUCAGGAGUUGAGUUAAAGGGAAAGAUUGAAAAGGUUACGACUUCAUUCCUUGGAGCGUAGAAGAAUGGGGGGGGGGGCGGAUUUGAUAGAGGUAUAUACAAUUAUGAGGGCAAUAGACAGUAACUGCAUGUAAGUUCUUUCCACUUAGGAAGAUUAAAUAUGAGAGGACAUGGCUUUCGGGUGAAAGGGGAAAGGGUUUGGGGAACAUUAGGAGGAACUUCUUCUCUCAAGGGAGUGGUGGGAGUGUGGAAUGAGCUGCCACCUGACGUGGAAAAUGCGGGCUCACUCUUGUUUUAAAAAUAAAUUGGACAGACACAUGGAUGGGAGAGGUGUUGAGGGUUACGGACUGGGUGCAGGUCAAUGGGACGAGCGGAAUAAAGUUUCCGCACAGACUAGAAGCGCCGAAUGGGCUGUUUUCUGUGCUGUAGUGUUCUAUGGUUUUAUGGAGUGAAAUAAACACGAGAUGAGAAUUAUCGAUCGACUAAUUUUAACUCGUUCACCGCAUCCGUCAACCGAACAGAAACACCGGUGAUUCAGCAGCAGCUGCGGGCGGUGGAUCCUGAGCUCCCCCGGUCCGAAAGUCUACCCGUAAUGAGACAGGUUAAAUGGGACAAGUGCUGACCGGAAAAGACAUUGAAGAUUGUUCAUUAAGUUCAUCUGCCAUUUCUUUGUCCCCCACUACUUCUUCACCAGCAUCA